AUGGCCAGCUUCAUGUCGACCUUCUUCCCCGGCAGCUCCAGCGUCGGCACCAGCAGCAGCUCCGGCAGGGACAAGGCGCCGCGGGCUGGAGACGCACACGCCGAGCCUCGCCCCGUCACGCCCACCAUGAACAUCAACAGCUUCAUCAACCCGCUCAACACGCCGCUGGGCAGCCCCAGCAAACGGACGAUCCCGCCCGGCGCGAACGACCUGCCCACCGCCUUUGACGCCGCCAUGAACCUCAACCUGGGCUCCAACGUGAGCUCCAACGUCAGCUCCAACCUGAGUUCCAAUCUGAGCUCCAGCUCCAGCGGCGGCGGUUUUGACGCUCCCGUCAGGCUGACGCCUCGCCCGCAGAGCGUCAUCGCUCCGCUUUCGCCCUCGCCGGCCAAGGCCAACGGCAGCAGCAGCAGCGCCAACAACGCCAACGGCAGCAGCAAAAGAGCUGCGCAGCCUCCGCCUCAGUCGCAAUCUCAGUCUCUGUCUCAAUCCCAGUCUCGGACUCCCCAGCCCCGGACGCCUCAGCCUCUCACUCUUCAGUCUCUCGAGCAGCAGCAGCGCCAGCAAGAUGAGGAGGAAGAGGGCACCGCCGCCCCCCUCGAUGGCAGCGUCGUGCAGAAAAAGAUACCAAAGCCGGACAAGGUAGAAAAGGUGGAAAAGGUGCAAAGGACAGAAAAGGGGAGAGCAUCGCCUGGCUCACCGCGCAAGCGACACGCCCAGCCUGCUCAAGCUCAUGAUCCAAAUGCGCCGCCGCCUGGGCCUCGUCUCGCCGCUCAAGACCAAGAUCGCCACGCGCACCACAGCCAUGCCGCGCUCUCUCGCCAGCAGAUGUACGAUACCAAGGGGGAACGUCCUAUUAUAGCUAAGAGGUUUAACACGGCUCGUGGCUUGACGGCCGAGGAGCGCGAGAUUCUGCAGCGGCCCAAUGUGCGCCGCAUGGUCAAUGUCACCCAGCUCUACUUCCUCGACUACUACUUUGACUUGCUCACAUAUGUCGGUGCACGGCAGAAGCGCCUCGCCGCCUUCAAGAGCGAGUUCCCAGAAUCCCCCGAGACGGACCCGGAAACCCACCGAGUGUGGUCCAAGUACACUGGCCGAGAGCGCGCCAACCUUCGAAAGCGUCGCAUUCGAUUAAAACAGGGCGAUUUUCAGAUUCUCACCCAGGUCGGCCAGGGCGGCUACGGCCAAGUCUUUCUAGCUCAGAAAAAGGACACGCGCGAGGUGUGUGCGCUCAAGGUGAUGAGCAAAAAGCUGCUCUUCAAGCUGGACGAGGUCCGCCAUGUCCUAACGGAGCGUGACAUCCUGACAACGGCGCAAAGCGACUGGCUGGUCCGGCUCCUGUACUCAUUCCAGGACGACAAGAACAUCUAUCUCGCCAUGGAAUACGUGCCUGGCGGCGACUUCCGUACUCUCCUUAACAAUACGGGGGUGCUGUCCAACCGACAUGCGCGCUUCUACAUUGCCGAGAUGUUCUGCUCAGUCGACGCUCUUCACAAGCUCGGUUACAUCCACCGCGAUCUGAAGCCUGAAAACUUCCUCGUCGACUCCACGGGCCAUGUCAAGCUGACCGACUUUGGCCUCGCUGCCGGUGUUUUGGCCCCGUCAAAGAUUGAAUCCAUGCGCAUCAAGCUGGAACAGGCUUCCGAGACACCAGUACCAUUUGGCAAGCCAAUAGGCCAGCGAACGGUAGCCGAGCGUCGCGAGAGCUACCGAACCAUGCGGGAUAACGAUGUCAACUACGCAAAGUCCAUUGUCGGCUCGCCCGACUACAUGGCACCAGAGGUUCUCAGAGGAGAAGAGUACGAUUACACGGUGGAUUACUGGAGUUUGGGCUGCAUGCUGUUCGAGGCCCUGACCGGCUUCCCCCCCUUUGCUGGUUCGACCCCUGACGAGACGUGGCGCAAUUUGAAGCAUUGGAAAGAGGUUCUUAAGAGGCCCGUCUGGGAAGACCCUAACUAUUUCUUGAGCAACCGGACGUGGAAUUUCAUUACUACCUGCAUCAAUUCACGGACAAAGCGCUUCAGUGAGAUUAAGGACAUUUUUGCCCACCAGUACUUCGCCGAAGUCGACUGGGAGACGCUGCGCCAGACCAGAGCGCCCUUCGUGCCAGAGCUGGACUCUGAGACGGAUGCCGGCUACUUUGAUGACUUUGGCAACGAUGCCGACAUGGCCAAGUAUAAAGAGGUCCACGACAAGCAGCAGGCCUUGGAAAGCAUGGCAGAGCGCGAGGAAGAGAUGAGCAAGAGUCUCUUUGUCGGCUUCACGUUCCGGCACCGCAAGCCCGCCACCGAUGACGGCGAUGGAAGCAAUAGCCCGCGGAAGCGCAUCCCGACCGACGACUCGUUUGGUACCAUGUUUUAG